AUGGAGAAAAAAAGACCCUUAGAAGAUGAAGAUAUAAUAGAAAAUAAAAAAUUGAAUUCCAAUACGACAUCAAAUAGAGAAGUGAGUACCGUCCUAGUCAAAAAUCUCCCAAAAAGUUCUAACCAAAACAAAGUAAAGAAGUUCUUCCAAGAUUGUGGAGAUAUCAGAUAUGUCGAUGUUUUAGAUGAUCUGAAAAAACUUUCAAGACUUGCAAGGGUGGAGUUUGAGAGCCAUGAUGCUGCAUUAACAGCUCUUACAAAGACUUCGAAAAAAGUAGGUAACAAUGAAAUUGAAGUCUCAUUAUUAGAAAAUUGCACUUUAUGGGCCACAAAUUUCCCACCAACCUACACAAUAAAAGAUAUCAAAGCUCUCUUAAAAAGUGUAGGUCUUCUAGCGAUCAGUGUAAGAUUUCCGUCUCUAAGGUAUAAUGCUAAUAGAAGGUUUGCAUACAUUGACGUUCCAUCUAACGAAGAUCUGCAGAAGGCGGUAGAUUUACUGGAGGGAAAAGAGUUUGAAGGCUAUAAUUUGGUAAUGAAAAAAUCAAAUCCGUCAGAGAAAACCAGACGCACUGAUGCUGCUACUAUAGAGAGACGUGAGAUAUUUAUCAGAAACCUCGACCCCCAGUUUCUUAAUAAGACAACUUUGAAAAAAGCUUUUGAAAAGUUUGGUGAUAUUGAAUAUAUUAAUAUACCUACAUUUGUGGAAGGAGCGAGGAAUUGUUGUGCGUUUAUUUCUUAUAUCACCAAGGACGCUGCCAUUAAGGCGUUAGAGGCCAAUAAAACUGAGAUGAAUGGAAGAGUAAUUUCGAUUACUUUAGCUGAUAAAAAAGCUUAUUUGGAACGUCAAGAGGUAAAAAAAAUCUUGUCUUCUAAAAACAAGGAUAAACUGUCAGCGAUCAUUUCGUUAUUCCCACUUACAGAUAAAAUAUCAAGGGACCAAAUUCGAGCCUUAUUGCUAGAGAAAGCCGGGAUCUCUGAUGAAGAUAUAAUGCAUAUCUAUUGUGUCAGCGAUUAUGUUUGUUCAUUAGUCAUUCUCAAAAAUACAAAAUUACAGGCAAAGUGUAUUAUGGCCAUGGAUGGGAUUAACUUCCAAAAUAAAACAUUGCGUUGUGGUACAGUUUUUGAUUUGAAAAAUUCACAUAAAAGUGAAUCUAGGGUAGAUGUACCUAAUGUGAUUAAGAAAAGAAGAAGUCCAACGAGUUUCGAUAAUCACAUUAAUUCAAUCAGUCAAAAUGAAGAUAAUAAAAUAUACACAAAGCCUACACAAAUGGCUUCAAGGCCAGUAAUGUCUAAUGAUGAUUUUAGGAACUUAUUCCUCAAAAAGUAA